AUGAAAACACUGAUCAAAUCAUUAGUACUAUGGAAAACUAGUGGCACAACAUUAAAAACAAAAACAACCAUCAUAAACACCUACUCACUAUCACCAAUAACAUAUUUAUCAUACCUUGAAGAAUUUACAAAAGAUGAAGAAAUUCAAAUUAAUAAAUUAAUCUCAUGGUUUAUGAAUUCUCCCGCAAAUUCUGAAUCACCAACUCUCAAUACCAAUUCCAUUGAAAAUAACACAUCAACCAUCCAUUCACGUGCAAAAAUACCUUUGAUGUGUUAUGAUAGAUCAUUAAAACCAUUAAAAGAAGGUGGUUGGGGUAUGUGGAAUAUACAAUUACGACAAGUUGCUCAAAAGAUUUGGAUAUACAACAGAUUUUUACAAAUGCAUAAAUCUGCAAACAAUUCAAUAUACAUGAUAAGUUGGAUGGAUCAAAUUAUUAACAAAUCAAUCUCUUCUCCAUACCUUAUAAAAAUAAAAAAAGAAUGGGAAAACUAUGCAACUCAAAUUGGACAUCUAAAAGAUAAAGUUCAAACCCUUUAA